AUGGACUGGUGCCGACACCUCUGCCGAAAGGCGCAUGCGAGCUCCUGGCGCGUCCAGUACAGCGACAUCCAAAUCGAGAAGGAGCUGUGCCGGACCCUGAAGAGCACCAUGCACUUGGGAAGAUGGAAAGGCGCCAAUGUUGUGGUGAAGUCCUUGCUUGCAGCCGACGGCAAGCCAAGCGAGGAUAGCAUGGAGGCUUCACCGGCAUCAGUUGCGGAGGAGCUUCUCCAUGAGAUUGACGUGCUUUCCUCCAUACGCCAUCCAGAUCUCGUCUUGUUCUUGGGUGCCUGUCUCGACACCACGCACACGAUCGCUUGCAUCACGGAGUACAUGCCAGGUGGUGACCUUGAGGCUUUCUACGUCGCGAAGCGCGCAAAGCACCAGGCUUCCGUUUGGCAUCCUCACUUGAAGCAGGUUCUCCAGUGGGCGACCGCCAUCGCCCGGGGACUGCUUUUCUUGCACACCCGAGAAGUUCCUCUUAUACAUCGUGAUCUCAAGCCCCUGAACCUUCUCUUGACCAAGCAUCUGGACCUGAAGAUUGCCGAUCUUGGCAUCAGCCGCGUGCUUGCUGCGGGCAAAGGCCUGCAAUUACGAUCGGAGCGCUUUGCAGGAGGCAUGACAGAGUCAGCCGUUUCGGCUGCUGAGGUCGCGCGGGAUCACUACUACAACGAGAAAGUUGAUAUCUAUGCCUUUGCCCUGAUCCUCUACUUCAUGAGCUCCGGUCGCCAGCCCUUCCACCACAUGGGCACAGAAUUUGUUCUGGACUUGUUUGUCGAGGCAGGGGCAGAUGACAGAUGGCUCGCGGAGUGCCCACGGAAGCUCCGGGGCCUCCUGGCUGCCGCUUGGGCAGCCGAUGCCGCCAAGCGGCCGGGGGCCGCCUCCAUGCUCGCGAGCCUGGAGGCUUUGGAGUCUGAGGUUGCAGGAAAUCCUUGCGUUUCGCUCCUUUAUCUUCAAGGCCUAAGUUGCCUUGGCACCUGGGACGGGAGGCCUUGGAUUCAAGAGCACUCGCGGGUGUUUGGGCCGAACGACGCUGUAGAGGCACAUGAGUGA